AUGACGUGCUACAGCUGGACCAAGCUGCUCCUUGAUGAAAAUGCGCGAGCCACGGAAUUUGACGAUCCAUCUUUGAAGCGGUCCGAAGGAGAGGGAAUGCUGAAGUUGCCUCCCGGAAAAUCGGCUACAGAGGUUGUGACAGACUUCCUGCGCGAAAUAUAUGACUGGAUCGAAAGCUACCUUGCGCGACGCAUUUCAGCAGAGAUUCUCGAUAUGACACCGAUGGAGUUCUGGUUCACCGUUCCGGCUAUCUGGUCCGAUCAAGCCAAGAGUGCUACUUUGGCAGCCGCGAAAGCCGCCGGGUUUGCGAGCGGCGACGAAGAUAGGAUAUAUCUCAUUCCUGAGCCGGAAGCAGCUGGUAUAGCGACCUUGAAGGGCUUUUCAGAAGGAAACUCCGUCGCGCGCGCUCAAGCUGGGGAUGGGAUCCUCAUCUGCGACUGUGGCGGCGGAACAGUGGACAUCACCUCAUACAAAGUCACGCAGAUGUCUCCUCAGUUGAAAUUCGAAGAAAUCGUCGAAGGCAUCGGUGGCAAAUGCGGGUCGACAUACAUCGAUCGUGAGUUUCACCAAUGGAUGUCGAGAACAUUCGGACAGCGGUUCGAGAUCUUGAAGUUCGAAAAGACUGGACCAGGAUCGAGAUUCAUGAAAGACUUCGAGUCCCACAAGCGCGAUUUUGGCUAUUCAAGCAAUCUUGAUCAGAUCUACGAGAUCAACUUGGUUAUCCCGGGUGCCCAGGAUUCCGCCUCGUAUGAUACGGAUGAGUCGAUUGUGAAGCUUAACGGACACGCGAUGUUGAGCUUUUUUGAACCUGUUGUCACGAAGAUAAUCGCUUUGUUGAGCCACCAGAUCGAACGAGCAAGUCAGACUGGCGGACGAAGUACGAUCAAUCGCGUCGUUCUUGUUGGAGGCUUUGGAGACUCACCCUAUCUGAACUCCCGCGUCCGUGAGUGGUGUCAACAAAAAGGACUAGUAUUGACAUGUCCAGAGCACCCACAAGCAGCGAUUGCCCGUGGAGCAGCCCUUCGCGGGUUAGAUUCGGUUGCCCCGAUCCGCCGGAGGAGCAGACGACAUUACGGCCUAGUGAGCACCGACGCAUUUCGGGAAGGUAUAGACCCAGAGUCUUCUUCUGAGAUAGACAUGUGGACGGGCGAUAAACGCUGCACAGCCCGAAUGUACUGGGCCAUCGCCAAAGGUCAAGUCAUAGACGAGGAGACGAAGAUAGUUUUGAGGCGGAGGCGAACCUACACAGAAGGCCAAUCUCUCGACCAAAACUCCAAACUCUUCGCCUGCUCAUCGGAUGUCGCGCCAGAAUACAAGUGGGACCCGGCAAUUGAGCAGGUUGCUGAGCUCAAGCAUGCGGUCCACCCUUCGCAACUGGGUACUUUCGAUACUAAAGUAGUGCGUGGUGUUAAACACUGGGAUCUUCGUUACGACCGGGAAAUAAGUAUGGGAUCUAAAGAGGGCACAUUGAAUUUUAAGGUUUUUCAUGACGGUGUAGAGUGGGGACAGUCUGAGAUACAGUAUCAGACGCGGCGGGGGGAGAAACGGACACCUGCGCGUACUUUUGGAGGGAGUGGUGGAUUGCUUGACGCGGUAGGGGCGGCGCACUGA